AGCGCGUCGCAAACGUUUUCACAAUUCGUAUUUAUUUGUUGCUGCUGGACGAAACCAUACGGAAAGACUGACCAAAAUGUCCGGUUUGGAGUCGUACAUCAACCACACAGUGUCCAUCAUCACGGCGGAUGGACGGAACUUUAUCGGGACACUGAAAGGAUUCGACCAGACCAUCAACAUCAUCAUCGACGAGUGCCAUGAGCGCGUCUUCUCUACGACUUCCGGCAUCGAGCAGAUCGUCCUGGGUCUGCACAUCAUCCGCGGGGACAACAUCGCCGUGAUCGGGCUGAUAGACGAGACCGUCGACUCCCGCCUGGAUCUGGCCAACAUCAGGGGCGAACCGCUGGGACCAGUGGUGCACUAGGAUAGCAAAUAAAACCAGUGAUUCUCAAGACUAAAA